AUGACCACCGACCGUCUCCUCCACUUUCUCCGAGCGCCGACAAGCUCUGCGGCUGCCGCCUCCACCCGCUCGGCUCGCUGGGGUCCUCCACAGACGCAGCGCCUUCACUUCUGUCAGGGUGCUGCGGGGAUGCGGCGCGCGUCCGUAUCCUGCUCGAGCACUGGCUCUGGCGGGGAGGGGGGACUAACGUACAAGGAUGCCGGCGUGGACAUAGACGCCGGCGCCGAGCUCGUGCGCCGCAUCGCCAGGAUGGCACCCGGGAUUGGCGGCUUCGGCGGUCUCUUCCCCUACAAUGACGAUUAUCUUGUUGCUAGCACAGACGGGGUGGGGACAAAGCUGAAGCUUGCUUUUGAAACUGGUAUUCAUGAUACAAUCGGCAUUGACCUGGUGGCAAUGAGCGUCAAUGACAUUGUAACUUUGGGUGCAAAACCAUUGUUCUUCCUAGAUUACUAUGCAACGAGCAGGCUUGAUGUUGAUCUUGCAGAGAAGGUUAUCAAGGGGAUUAGGGAUGGGUGCGAACAAUCAGAUUGUGCUCUCCUAGGAGGGGAGACAGCAGAAAUGCCUGGUUUCUAUGCAGAGGGUGAAUAUGAUCUAAGUGGUUUUGCUGUGGGUGUUGUGAAGAAGGAUAAAGUCAUUGAUGGAAAAAACAUUGCUAAGGGAGAUGUCCUUAUAGGUCUUCCUUCCAGUGGGGUUCAUUCUAACGGGUUCUCUCUUGUUAGAAGGGUACUGGAGAAAAGCGGACUUUCCUUGAGUGACCAGCUCCCAAGAAAUGAUGGCAUAACAACUACUGUUGGUGAAGCUCUAAUGGCACCAACUGUCAUCUAUGUUAAGCAGGUGCUUGAUAUUAUUAAGAAAGGUGGUGUGAAAGGACUAGCGCACAUCACUGGUGGUGGUUUUACUGACAAUAUCCCAAGAGUGUUUCCUUCUGGACUUGGGGCAAAAAUUUUUACUGGGUCAUGGGAAGUGCCUCCUGUCUUCAACUGGCUUCAACAGGUUGGAAACAUUGAUGAUGCAGAGAUGCGGCGAACAUUCAAUAUGGGCAUUGGAAUGGUUCUUGUGGUAAGCAGAGAGUCAGCGGACAGAAUUAUCGAAGACACCCAUGGAUCAAAUCCUGCUUAUCACAUUGGAGAGGUGAUCGAGGGUGACGGGGUUCAAAGGGUUUUAGCGAAGGUUCUUUCGCAGCUUUCUCUCACAGCGGUCUCAUCUAGGUUUUCGAGUUUCUCUCUUCCACAACGAAGGGGGGUGAUCAGGGGGAUCUUUGGUGAUCUUUCCCACCUGAGCUCGUUUGUGGAGGCAUUUCUCUUGACCUUGGCCGCAGUGAUGGACACAGGAAGUGGCUCUCGGGCGGACAAAGAUCCAUUGGAGGCUGGCGGCGCCAUGGAUGAGGAUGAGAUUGAAGAUCAGGGGCUGCUUUCAGAGGAGGAGGACAACGACUCACCACCGAUCGUCCUUGACUUCGAUGCGGCGGAUGCCGCAGCAGCCGACCAGUUUGUGAUCAUUGUCCGUUUCUUUACGGUACGUGGAUAUAGCUUCAUGGGAUUGUUCAAGACCAUGAAGAAUGCCUGGCGUUUAAACUACGCUCCUGAUAUCAAGAGGCUAAGGGACAAUCGGUUCCUUAUUGAGUUGAGAUCGGAUGGAGACAAGAACUAUGUGCUGCAAGGGGGGCCAUGGAUCUACCGUGAUAUUGUGGUCAUGUGGGGCAUGUGGAGAAGGACUGCUUGCUCCCGAAAAAAAGAGCAGAAAGUGAGGUUUGGGCUGCACCUUCGUGCGUCCCCGAAGAAGAAAUUUGUGGCUCUGACCCCGGAGCGUCAGAAUGCAUUGGCCAAAAAGAGUCUGAAUUUUGAUGACCAGGGCGAUGAUAGGAGACAGGGUGAACGUCAUGGGAAAGGAGGUGAGGUGAACAAGGAGAAGGAGCAGCGUGGAGCUAGCAAGCUUGCUGCUCCUGACGCCAAUACAGGGGGAGGUCUAGCUGGAGCUGAUGCGGCAAACGAUAUUGCUCGCAAGGUACUCACCUUGGGGGUCCAGGAUACUCCCCCGGUGAGGCUGAGCGACUUGUCGCAGUUUGUCGGAGGGACCAUCUUGAACCCGAGCUGCGGGAAAUUGUUCAGUAGAAUGCUGCUCUCGUUAAACAGAGCCUGGGUAUACUUGGCAAGCGUCGUGAAUUGGAGAUAA